AUGGUUAAUGUCGUUUUAGGAGCCCAAUGGGGUGAUGAAGGUAAAGGUAAAUUAGUCGAUUUGUUAGUUGGCAAGUAUGACCUAGUUGCUAGAUGUGCUGGUGGUAACAAUGCCGGCCAUACCAUCGUUGUUGAUGGUGUCAAAUACGACUUCCACAUGUUACCGUCAGGUUUAGUUAACCCAAAGAGUCUGAAUUUGUUGGGUAAUGGUGUUGUGAUUCACGUACCAUCGUUCUUCAAGGAAUUGGAGGAUUUGGAAACCAAGGGUCUAAAUGACGCUAGAGAGAGGUUGUUCAUCUCCUCAAGAGCUCAUUUAGUGUUUGAUUUCCACCAACGUACCGAUAAAUUGAGAGAACUUGAAUUAUCCGGUGCUAGUACAGAUGGUAAGAACAUCGGUACCACUGGUAAAGGUAUUGGUCCAACUUACGCUACAAAGGCUUCAAGAUCUGGUAUUAGAGUUCACCAUUUGGUCAACGAUAACCCAGAAUCAUGGACUGUUUUCGAAAACAUGUACAGAAGACUGCUUGAGACCAGAAAGAAGAGAUAUGGUGAUUUCGAGUACGAUGCUGAAGGUGAAUUAGCACGCUUCAAGAAGUACAAGGAAGACCUAAAACCAUUUGUUGUUGAUUCUGUCGUUUUCAUGCACAAGGCUAUUGAAGCCAAGAAGAAAAUCUUGGUGGAAGGUGCUAACGCUCUUAUGUUGGAUAUCGAUUUUGGUACCUAUCCUUUUGUGACUUCUUCUAACACUGGUAUUGCUGGUGUUAUUAGCGGUUUGGGUAUCCCACCAAAGGUUAUCGAUGAGUGUUACGGUGUGGUAAAGGCUUACACCACUAGAGUCGGUGAAGGUCCUUUCCCUACUGAACAGCUAAAUGAAGAUGGUGAAAAACUACAGGAAAUCGGUGCUGAAUAUGGUGUUACCACCGGUAGAAAGCGUCGUUGCGGUUGGUUAGAUUUAGUUAUUAUGAAGUAUUCCACUUUGAUCAAUGGUUACACCAGUUUAAACAUUACCAAAUUGGACGUUUUGGAUACUUUCAAAGAAAUUCCAAUUGGUAUUGGAUAUUACUACAAGGGCCAAAAACUAGAUCUUUUCCCUGAAGAUUUGAUUAAAUUGGGUAAAGUCGAAGUGGAGUACAAGGUUUUGCCAGGCUGGCAACAGGAUAUCACCAAGGUGACCAAGUAUGACGAUUUGCCUGAAAACGCAAAGAAAUAUAUUAAAUUUAUUGAGGACUUUGUUGGUGUUCCAGUUGAAUGGGUAGGUACUGGUCCUAGCAGAGAUAAUAUGGUUCACAAGGAAAUUCAAAGAAUUUAA